UAUAUAAGAGUAGGGUCUACAUGCAGGAAUUGAAUGUGAAUGUUCUGGCAAGUGGUGAUAAAUGCAUGAUUCGGACAAUUACAAAUUACAGUAAUUGUGUGCUUGACGGGGAGGAUUAACCUAACCACGUUGUUUACUGACUCACUGGAGGAGGUUUGGAAAGAUAAACAAAGGUUACGAGAGUGAAAACGUUCCGGGAAAAACAAUGGUGAAAUCAGGGACCCACCCACAGCCGGCUGCUAAACUACACUGCACCACCAUCUUCUGAGCUCUUCCUUAUUCAAUCUCUCUUCCCUUCAACAGUCCCCGGCGUCAAAAUCAAGUCCGAAAUGAGUUAUCCUGGUUAUCCACCAUCCGGAGGCUACCCCGCCCAACCUGGCGCAUACCCACCCCAGGCCGGAGGCUACCCACCCCAGGCCGGAGGCUACCCACCCCAGGCCGGAGGCUACCCACCGCAGGCCGGAGGCUACCCACCGCAGGCCGGAGGCUACCCACCGCAGGCCGGAGGCUACCCACCGCAGGCCGGAGGCUACCCACCCCAGGCCGGAGGCUACCCACCCCAGGCCGGAGGCUACCCACCCCAGCAGGCAGGUGGCUACCCCCAACCAGGAGGAGGUUUUCCCCAGGGGGGAGGCUACCCUCAGGCCGGUGGAUAUCCCUCGGGGCCUCCAGCACCAGGUGGAUGGGGCGGAACCCCUGGUGGUGCCAUGCCAGGUGGAGGUAUGCCCCAGGGAUUCCCAGGCGGGACUGCCCCGGGACAACCCCAGGGAUACCCAGGCGGGACUGCCCCGGGACAACCCCAGGGAUACCCAGGCGGGACUGCCCCGGGACAACCUCAGGGAUACCCAGGCGGGACUGCCCCGGGACAACCCCAGGGAUACCCAGGCGGGACUGCCCCGGGACAACCCCAGGGAUACCCAGGACAGCAGCCCAUGCCAGGAUACCCUGGUGGAGCACCGUCACCCAACCCCUCAAUGCCAGGAUAUGGAGGCGGGGCGCCAGCGACUCCCUAUUCACCUUCUGUUAACAUGGGUUACAGGGGCGUGCUUAAGGAUUACCCGGGCGCUGACCCUCUGCGCGAUGUGGAAGUUCUCCGCAAGGCCAUGAAGGGAUUUGGCACGGAUGAGGCAGCCAUAAUUGAGCUCCUUGGGAGUCGCACCAACAAACAGAGGGUUCCAAUGGUUGCUGCUUACAAGACCACUUAUGGGAAGGAUUUAUUCCACGAUCUGAAGUCUGAAUUGACUGGGAACUUUGAGAAUUUGGUUCUUUCCAUGAUGCAGACACCAGCCAAAUUCGACGCAUCUCAUCUCAAAGAAGCUAUAUCGGGUGCGGGUACUGAUGAAGCAUGUCUGAUUGAGAUCCUGUCGUCUCGCUCCAACGCGGAAAUCAGAGAGAUAAAUCAGAUUUACAAACAGGAGUAUGGUAAGAAACUGGAGGACGCCAUCAUCAACGACACCUCAGGACAUUUCCGCAGGCUCCUGGUGUCUCUCUGUCAGGGAAAUCGAGACGAAAGGGAACAAGUGGACAUCAACUUGGCAAAGCAGGAUGCUCAGAAACUGUACGCCGCUGGGGAGAACAAAGUUGGUACGGAUGAGUCCCAGUUCAACGCCAUACUGUGUUCCAGGAGCAGACCUCACCUGAAAGCAGUGUUCCAUGAAUACCAGCAGAUGUGUGGCAGAGACAUUGUGAAGAGCAUCUGCAGGGAGAUGUCUGGAGACGUGGAGGACGGCAUGGUUGCUGUCGUGAAAUGCAUCAGGAACACCCCGGAAUACUUUGCCGAGAGGCUUCACAAGUCCAUGGCGGGGGCGGGAACCAAGGACAAGACUCUGAUUCGAAUCAUGGUGACUCGUUCUGAGGUGGACAUGCUGGAUAUCAGACAGGCGUUCCUGAAGAACUACGGAAAAUCCCUCUACACCGCAAUCUCUGGUGACACCUCUGGUGACUACAAGAAGCUGCUGCUUAAGCUGUGUGGUGGAAGUGACUAGAGAGACACGAAGACGUCGCCUGAAUCAAACAGGGUGGUGAAGAGAAUCGGAAGUGCUAUUCUUUUUCUAAUUCCGAGAGUGCAUAAGUCCAUGAGAACGUGCCUGAUUGUUCUUUUAGCCAUACCUUUCUCACUUUUCAAUGCAACAUUUACUAACACACACACACACACACACACACACAAAUUUGCAUAAUGGCCACUCUCUCAAUCACAGUAACUAUUUUAGUAAUUUAAGGUUUAGUGCUAAGUCAGACCUCUAAUUAAAAGGACAGAAAUUCAAAUGUUACUACUGCAGAAUAUCUCUUACUAAUUAUCUUUCUCACACGCACACAAACUCUCUGACGAUUUCAUACAAAGGAAACUCCCUCCACGCCUGGUCCUGCUAUAGUUCAUCAUGUUGUCAGUGUCAUCGAGGCUUGAGAAGUGAGCUAGCCUAGCCUGGGGCAGCCCAACCCUGUCGACCUGCUGUCCUGUAGGUUUUCUCUUCAACUGGGUUGGGCAGCCCUGGCCUGGGUUAUGAAGGAGACACACACCAUACUGAGCGGUUUGAUAGAAGUACAAUUGUUUCAUUUGCUGCAUAUGCAAUCAUGUAUUGUGUAGUCUUGAUUCAUUUUCAAAAGUUAUUUUUUUAUAUAGCAUGUGUAAUCAUGUGUUAGUAAAACAUGUUAGUUUAUUGCCAAAUGCUACAUAUAAAUCUAUAUAUUAAUAUGUAUGGAUUGUAAUGUCUUUGUGGAAACGUGCAGAUCCUUUAGAUUUCGAUACACUCGAGUUGAGUUUCCUCUAGCUUUAUGGCUAUCUGAUAUAUACUAUGCAAAUUAACACUGAGGUAAAUGUAUACUUAAAGCCUAUGAUAAUGAAAUAUCACCACAAAUAGCUGUUCUUUUUUUCUUCUCUAGUGGUACCAUUUAUUAAUCUGGGUUAUUUUCCAUGCGUUGCCUGUCAUUCUGCAAAGCCAAAGCCCUUCAUGCUGUCUUAUUCUUUCACUCUUACCAUCUGUUUUGAAAGUUCCACGCAUUUUUUCAGUUUCUCAUUUAAUGUUUCAUCGUAAUUAUUGUAUAAUUUCAUAUUUGUAGAAAUAUUUGCCAAAAGGGGAACAUUAUUGUCAGAUAUGCAGUGUUGUUUUGUACAGUACAGUAUACUGGCUUGGAGUGUUUAACCAGUUUACCUGUACUACCAUGUAUUCCCAGUAGGGGGAGACAAGUAUCAUCUACAAUGGCUCCACUGGGAGAUGGUAACUGAAAAAUAGUAGAUUCUAUGACAUUAUUACUACUGUUGUUAUUUGAUAGCACGGCCCAACAGUUCCUCCUUCGUCAUAUAUCAACGCUUACAAUCAUUUGAUUGUCUUGUCCAUCCACAGGCUUAUAACUACGUCAUGUCUCAAUUAAAAUAUAUUGUUUCA